GCCUCGCUGCGCCUCUGCGCUCCGCGCGCUCUCCCCCUCCUCGCCUUCCAGAUAUCUCUGCUCCACCGAGGGGGGCUGUCAGGGUGGAAAAGAAAGACCGAGUCGUUAGUGAGGAAGUUCGGUCCUUGGCCAACUCAAUGUCAGGCCACCGCUAGGCUCGGCUGCAACCUGUUCCUCCCUCGCCCAAGUGCUCGCCCGCCGCCCGCCCGCUCCCGCCCUCUCCUCGGCGCAGCCGCGGAUCGCUGUUGCAUGCUGAUCCGGGGAGGCAGCGGCGGCGAGCGCUCCGGGCGGAUGCUGGCACUUGGGCUUGGCUGCUCGCUGGAUGCUGCUCAACUUCUAUCCCAAGCGCAGGAGCUUUGAAGUCAUUUGUUCCUCUCCGGUUGGAUCGACUUCUUAUUUCGAUAUUUUGGGCGUUGCGGUUUACGCAGGAACCUCAAUACCGCGCUCCCCUCCUCCCUCUCUCUCUCUCUCAACCUUUGGAUGCGUCUGUACUGGCAGAUUUAAAGACCCAAGUCUUGGCUGUGGAAUUUCUUAAAUGGACUUGCAGGGGCUGGCGUUAUAAAGCAUGGCACCAUAACCCCAUCGUUGCCUUUUCUUUCUUUCUUUUUUUUUUUUACAAAAAGUUCUUUUGUUUUCAUUUUUCCCCUCCCCCCACCAAUAAAUCACGAAACUAUUACCUAGCCGGCCGGUGUCUGCCUCUCUCCCAGAACUAGGUGGUGCGUCUGCCAGAAGAGGAGCUAUGUUUGAAGAGCAGCCUGCUCCACCCCUCUCCUCUCCAGUCCCUGAACGCCACCACACACUGGCAUUUUGAAAAAAAAAAAAAAAAUUGCCUCCAGAAACUGAGCAUCCCCAAGCCCUUCCCCCCCCCCUUUUUUUCCUCCUUGAGGAAUGGAGCUUCGCAGAGGUUGUAUUUAGAUUCAACAGUUCAGAGUGGCGGGGUUGCUGCUGCCGCCUCUCCGAAGAGCUCGCGGGGCUCCCCGGAGGCGGUGGUCCCCGUGCCCGUCUGGAUGCUGCUCUGAGUCUCCGUGUGUCUUUCUGCUUGUUGCUGUGUGCGGUGUUCGGCCGCGAUCACCUUUGUGUGUCUUGUCUGUUUAAACUUCAGGAUGGCUCGCUUCGGGGAGGCGGUGGUCGGCAGGCCGGGGUCGGGCGACGGAGACUCGGACCAGAGCAGGAACCGGCAAGGAACCCCCGUCCCUGCCUCGGGGCCGGCGGCCGCCUACAAGCAAUCGAAAGCGCAGAGGGCGCGGACUAUGGCUUUGUACAACCCCAUUCCCGUCCGGCAGAACUGUUUCACCGUCAACAGAUCCCUGUUCAUCUUCGGAGAAGAUAACAUUGUCAGGAAAUACGCCAAGAAGCUCAUCGAUUGGCCGCCAUUUGAGUAUAUGAUCCUGGCCACCAUCAUUGCCAACUGCAUCGUCUUGGCUCUGGAGCAGCACCUUCCUGAGGAUGACAAGACGCCAAUGUCCCGCAGACUGGAGAAGACAGAACCAUAUUUCAUUGGGAUCUUUUGCUUUGAAGCUGGGAUCAAAAUCGUGGCCCUGGGGUUCAUCUUCCAUAAGGGCUCAUACCUCCGCAAUGGCUGGAAUGUCAUGGACUUCAUUGUGGUCCUCAGUGGCAUCCUGGCCACUGCAGGAACCCACUUCAACACACACGUGGACCUGAGGACCCUCCGGGCCGUGCGUGUCUUGAGGCCCCUGAAGCUCGUGUCAGGCAUACCUAGCCUGCAGAUUGUGUUGAAGUCCAUCAUGAAGGCCAUGGUGCCUCUCCUGCAGAUUGGCCUUCUGCUCUUCUUUGCCAUCCUGAUGUUUGCUAUCAUUGGCUUGGAGUUCUACAGUGGGAAGUUGCACCGAGCAUGCUUCAUGAACAAUUCAGGUAUUCUAGAAGGAUUUGACCCCCCUCACCCAUGUGGUGUGCAGGGCUGCCCAGCUGGUUAUGAAUGCAGGGACUGGAUCGGCCCCAACGAUGGGAUCACCCAGUUUGAUAACAUCCUUUUUGCUGUGCUGACUGUCUUCCAGUGCAUCACCAUGGAAGGGUGGACCACCGUGCUGUAUAAUACCAAUGAUGCCUUAGGAGCCACCUGGAAUUGGCUGUACUUCAUCCCCCUCAUCAUCAUUGGAUCCUUCUUUGUUCUCAACCUCGUCCUGGGAGUGCUUUCCGGGUAAGCCAAAUGUUUCUCUCUCCUCUUCUUUCUAAUUAUGAGCUAAGGCUCUUGACUCCUGGCAGAUUCAUUCAUUUAACCUUCAUUUAGAAGAUAUUUACUGAGCGGCCCCUGUGUGCCAAAUGCUGUUCUGGAUGCUGGGAAUGUACAGUGAACCGUCGUUCUAAUCAUCUUUAUUGUUGUUUGGAAUUAAAAGAUCUUUAGAUCAGGUACAACAUUGAACAUGGUAUCCCGUGAGGUUCAUUUAUCCAUUCAUCCUUUUGUUCAGUCACUCGGUAGUCAGAAACCUUCUGUGUCAAACACUGCGCUGGUUGUUAGAGACAUAAAGUUGAAUAAGAUACAGGCUUUGCCCUCAAAAGAUUCUUCCUCUAUCAUGUAUUGGACAUCAAAUCUCAUAUUUGUAGCUUGAAUUGGCGUACAUCAGUCAGCAAGUACUCAAUGUCCAAUGCCCUGGUAAGCAUUGCAAGGAGCACACGCAGUGUAAGGCACAGUUCCUGCCCUUAAGAGACUUAACGUUUUGCCUAGAGGGCAGCAAACACUUGAAACAGCUAGGGAAUGUGAGUUCUUAUACUGACUAAUAUAAAAUACAGAUCAUUCAUUUUGAGGAAGGGACAAAUCUAUAUAGUCUGAAGUUAUCAGGAAUGGUUUCGUGAA